GACAACUAUAAUGUCUUUCACACAGAGGCCCUAAAGUUUUUUAAGAACCAGCUAUCUUCAUAUGAGCAAAGUGAAAUUCUGGGCUACACAGAGCUGUGGUUCCUGGGGCUUGAAGCAGAGAAGCUCCACAUGACUCCUGAGAAGUUCAGCAAAACAAGUUUCGAUGAUGAACACGGCUCCUAUAUGAAGGUCCUGCAUGACCACAUUGCCUACCGCUAUGAGGUUUUGGAGAUGAUCGGGAAAGGGUCCUUUGGACAGGUGGCCAAGUGCUUGGAUCACAAAAACAAUGAGUUGGUGGCCUUGAAAAUCAUCAGGAAUAAGAAGAGAUUUCACCACCAGGCCCUGGUGGAGCUGAAGAUCCUGGAAGCUCUCAGAAGGAAGGACAAAGACAACACCCACAAUGUGGUACACAUGAAGGACUUUUUCUAUUUUCGCAAUCAUCUCUGCAUCACCUUUGAACUCCUGGGAAUCAACUUAUAUGAGUUGAUGAAGAAUAAUAGCUUUCAAGGCUUCAGUCUGUCAGUAGUUCGGCGCUUCACCCUCUCUGUUUUGAAGUGUUUGCAAAUGCUUUAUGUAGAGAAAAUCAUUCACUGUGAUCUCAAGCCUGAGAAUAUAGUGUUAUACCAAAAGGGCCAAGUCUCUGUUAAAGUCAUUGACUUUGGAUCAAGCUGUUAUGAACACCAGAAAGUAUAUACCUACAUCCAAAGCCGGUUCUAUAGAUCCCCAGAGGUGAUUCUGGGCCAUCCCUACAACAUGGCCAUUGAUAUGUGGAGCCUGGGCUGCAUCAUGGCUGAAUUGUACACAGGCUACCCUCUCUUCCCUGGGGAGAAUGAAGCAGAGCAGCUGGCCUGCAUCAUGGAGGUGCUGGGCCUGCCACCAACCCACUUCAUUCAGAUGGCCUCCAGGAGAUGGACAUUCUUUGAUUCCAAAGGUUUUCCUAAAAAUAUGACCAACAACAGGGGGAAAAAAAGAUACCCGGAUUCUAAGGAUCUCACGAUGGUGCUGAAAACCUACGACACCAGCUUCCUGGACUUUCUCAGAAGGUGUUUGGUGUGA